AUGCUGAAAUUUGCAACUUACACAGUGGUUUGGAUUCUUACGAUCCUUCUGUUAAUUGCUCCUGUCAUUAAAACCGAGAGAUAUAAUACUGUUAAUACCCACUUAUCCACGCGUCACUAUCAUAAUUACAAUUAUUCCCAAAAUUUGUCCAACAACAUACUGUCCAAAUCUAUAAAAAGGAAUAACAAGUGUCAAAACUACCAAGUCGAUUAUAAAUGGAGACGGAGAAAGUUAUGUGCAAUUUCUGAUAAUGACAAAUAUUCUACGGGAAGUUUACUUGAAAAUAACAAAGGAACAGGUAAAAGGAAGACAUUAUUAGAUUACGGUGAACCAGUUCCCCUGAAUGAUGUCGAUGAUCCAGAUUCUCUAACAACACAUGUACGAGUAAAAAGAAGCAAAGCAGAAUCAGACUCCAUUUCGUCAUUUAGAUAUCAACAAGAUUAUUUAAAGGAUUUGGCCAACUCUUUUCCUCGAGAUUCAUACGAGUCAAUAGGAGAAAACUUUUACGAUGACGAUGCGUCGUUCGAUAGGAAACGAGAAAUUAAAUCACAGCAAUACUUUGUAAAUGACAAACAGUUCAAUGCAAUUCCAGAUGAGAAUGCUGCAAUCACGGUUCCUUCAUACUUUGGUGAAGAUAAAUCCGACAUUAAUAAUUUUAUUAGUUCGCAAUUUACCGCUAGUGGAACUAGUGCAUUAGGGAAUAACAAUGUAAAAUUUAUAGAUCGAACAAAAAGCAAGGAAAGUGUAUCGUUACAAGAACCAUUGAAUGAUGUUAUUAUAAAUCGCAAAUCAUAUGAAAAUCCGGAAGAUGAAAAUUUACCAGAUCCUAUACUAGCGGUAGAACUUGUUAGGAAAAAACGAAACGAUUAUUCAAAGAUAUAUAACAAAAAGAAUUUAAAAAAGCAAAAUUCAUCUGAUCUGCAAGCUAAAAAAGAAAGAUCGUCUAAUGAAAAAGAACAAUUAAUUCCCGAAUUAGAAACAUUUAAAGAGCAUUCGAAUCCACCCAGUUCAAAUAUCGCUGAUCUUAAAGUAGAUCUGUUACGGUUCAGGAGAAAAACGAGGAACAAUAACGGAGACAAAAUAAAGAAAUUAAAACAGAAAAAGAAACGCGUAGGGAAAAAACAUGAUUUUCCAAAAAAUUCUCUGCGGUCAAUAAAAGACGUUCGUUCGAAAAAUAUGGGUCGAUCGAGAGUGUCUCGCAAGAGAAAAAUGGAUGAAACGAAAAGCGAGGGUAAUUUAAAAGUAGGAAUUGUCAAUGUAGUGGCUAAGAAAAAUAAUGACAACAAUUUUCGCCGUAGAUCCGUAAAGUCGAAAAAAUCCGUCGAUAGUACUGAUUCUGAAAACGAUCAUCUUUCAAAAAAUGUUCCAUCAACGUUGCAUGCAAAACUGGAGACAAAAAGUAAGAAUAAAAUCGACGACGAUAUUUCCAUACUUUCAUUAGUGCGAAGAGACUCGAAAGCUGUGGGUGGCGCUGGUGAUUCUAAGGCAGAAACGGAUAAAAGUUCAAACGUAUUCGUCGUACAAAAUGAGAAACAAAGGCCAUUCGUAGAAACUGAAAAAUUAAUGCCGCCACAGGAUUCGAAAUUACGUGCAAAGAGAAAUAAACAUACUGAAUCGAAUCACGGUUUCUUAAAUAAGGAAGAGGAACUGAAGUAUUAUAAGAAUAUACAGGAGCCUGGAACUGUAGUGGAUCAUUGUGAUGACGAAGAUGAAAAUCAACUUUCAAUGAUGGAUGAAAUGGGUCCUAAUCGAGCAGUAAGAUCGAUCGAAGAAGUUAAAGAACUCGCAAAGAAAUUAGUAACAAAGGUAAAUGAGUUACAAAAUUACUUAAACAUUGAGGAAACAGCAGAAAACGAAAAACAAGAGACAAAAUUAAAAACACGUGCGAUCGAUGAUUUAUGUGCAAACGUUAGCAGUGGUUGUGGCGCUUUUAAAGAAACACCUGAAAUCGUCCAGAAAUGUGUACCGACAAAGCAUGACAGAUCUGCGACCAAAAUCGUUGAAAGAAAAGCGAAUCCAGUUGAAAUGACAAACAAACAUAAAUUAGAAGUUAAGAUCCCAAAAAAACACUCGGUAGAGAAAAGAAGAUCAGUGGCUAGACACGUUGUUAAAACAUCGUCGAGUACUUCAAGGGCAAUUCGUAAUGAAGAAGAAACAAAAUCGGGUCGUAAGUGGGGGAAAUGGACAGACUGGAGUAGCUGUAGUGUUACUUGUGGUAAAGGUCGUCAAAUAAGAUGGCGAUAUUGUUUACGCGAUUGUAGUACUGCAGAAACCGAGAUGGAAGAGAAAGCUUGCCAAUUGCCAGCUUGUCCACCAGGAAAAUUCCUUGGUAUAUUUUAAUAACUGUUAAUAUUUAGCGACUUCAUUACGAAUCGAAGCACAAUAAUUCAAGAAUUACUUCGUCUAUAUUAAUGUACGACUACUUUGUUAUUUUUGUAUAUCGAAUACAUAUAAUUUAUAUAGCAUGUUUUAUGUAAAAGGAUAAAGGGAAAGAUUUUUGUCAAAUAAAGAACUGAAUUAAUUAACUUUAAUCGUUAGUCACGCGAUUAGUUAAGAAGUUAUUUAAACAAAUGACAUCAA